UUGGUAUUUAUUUGCUCUCUCUCUUUUCUCUCUCUGCCUCAGUAGUGCUGCCGUGGAGUGAUGGGGGACUGGAGUCUCUUGGGUAAUUUUCUAGAGGAGGUGCAGGAGCACUCCACAUCAGUGGGGAAGGUCUGGUUAACUGUGCUGUUCAUCUUCCGUAUCCUUGUUCUGGGUACGGCCGCAGAGUCAUCAUGGGGCGAUGAGCAGUCCGACUUCAUGUGCGACACACUACAACCCGGUUGCACGAACGUCUGUUAUGACCGAGCUUUCCCUAUUGCCCAUAUCCGCUACUGGGUGCUGCAGAUUGUCUUCGUAUCAACACCAUCCCUCAUCUACAUGGGCCAUGCCAUGCACAUCGUUCGCAUGGAGGAGAAGCGGAAGCAGAGGGAGAUAGAGGAGAAGGGUGAGGAGGGAAGAGGAGAGAAGGAGUAUUUGGAACACAAAGAGAAAGCCGAAUAUACAAAGACAAAGUUCCGCCUGAAGGGAGCGCUGCUGCAGACAUACGUCAUGAGUAUUAUAAUACGCUUGGUCAUGGAAGUGACCUUCAUUGUGAUCCAGUAUAUGAUGUACGGCAUCUUCCUGAAUGCUCUUUAUCCUUGUAACAUGUCACCUUGCCCCAACCCUGUGAACUGUUACAUGUCCCGUCCAACAGAGAAAAAUGUCUUCAUUGUGUUCAUGCUGGUGGUGGCAGCUGUUUCACUGCUCCUCAGUGUGCUAGAGCUGUAUUACCUCGGAUAUAAACAGUGCAAGCAAUGUCUUAGAAAAUACGCCGUCAAACAUGCUAAUGACGUCAAAAGCAAAAACAGCAAAGUUGUUUCUGUUGUCCAACCUGGCAAGACAAGUAUUCCGAUGGAACUGCCUGAGACUGCUCAGCCACGUCCCUCCACCUGCACCCCACCCCCAGAUUUCAACCAGUGCCUAGCAACAAGCCAACGUCCAACAUCACCCCCACAUCUUCAUUCUCACCAUCUUCAUCACAUCCAUCAAACCUGCCAGCCUUUCACAAACCACCUGGCCCACCAGCAGAACUCCGUCAACAUGGCCACCGAGCGGCAUCAUCACAGCCACGAUGACCUGGAUCCUGCUGAGGACUUCCUGCAGAUGAGCUACGGAAGCCCUGAUGCUCGAGUCCCGGGUGAGAUGACACCUAGCGCCCCCUCCACGCCAUCCUCCCAACCAGGAUUUUCCAGAGACAAGCGCCGGUUUAGCAAGACCAGUGGUACUAGUAGUAAUCGGGUCAAACAAAGUGAUCUGGCCGUGUAGGUUGGGUUACAGGAUGUCCCAGAAGAAGGGAAGCUGGGUGAACUAGCCUUAAGAUGAGAGAUAGAUGUGAGGGGUGUGUAUGUUUAUGUGCGUAUAAGUAUGCUUGUGUGUUGGUACUAUGAGAUGGAAUAUUUCAUUCAUUUGGGCUUAAAUAACACUAAGAAUAAGAGGAUAAUGGAUAAUGAGAGGAAGACAUGCAGAGAGAGAAUCUGUAUCAGAGCAUUUAAUAUGGUUUCAUUGAAACUGUUGUCGUAAUUGCUAAAGUGUAUGUAGAUUUUUAUAGGGUGGGAUCAAGUGAUCCUGAAUAAAAGCCUGUUGAUAUAACCGAAUGAAUGGAUGGAUGGAUGAAUGGAGGAUGAGAGGACUACUGAAAUAAAUUGGUGACAUUUACAAGAUAGCACUGGAUUGUUUUGCUCAGUGAUAAGGUUCAUAUUUUAUGAUUAAUGUUUUUGUGGUCUGUAAUUCAAAACACUCCAAUCAAACAUGGUUUUUGAGCCAAAAAAGCACAAAUGCACUUAAAACAUAUCUUAAAAACAUAUCUUAAUAAAAAAGGAGAAAAACAAC